UUUCACAUGCGCGAUAUUUUUUUCCCAGUCUUUGAUAAAUCUUAGUAUUUGCGUUUGUAUAUAAUAAGACCAAGCUCCUUCAUAAGUGAAGCGUCUGUCUCCUCGUGUUCCCACUUCAGGAUUAUCUGCACAAAAGUUUGUAAAAGAAAGCGUGUGGAAGACGAAACUAGCCUCAAGCUUCUUCUUCUGCUCUGUUUUUUUUUCACUUUCUUGCCAAGUAAACAAUAAUGGGCGUGAAAGUAGCAACGACCUCAACCUUCAACCACUUGGUGGCUGUUCAUCAUUCUCAAACCCUAGUUUCCUCCGCCAUUUCUUCUCCUUCAAGACGACGAAGCUUCGGACAGAGCCAGAGUCUCUUCGGCUCUUCUUCUUCUUCCACGAAUCUCCUCCGCCACUCCAAGUCCUCCUGCGAGCUCUUGAAAUCAUCAAGACCGACCAAAACUCAGCUCAUUCGCAGAGCCUUCACCGGAAGCGUCGACCCUUUCUCCGAGGAAGAGUUCUCCAAAAAGAUGCAAGAGCUCACUCUCAAGUUCCAAGAGGACAACGAAACAGAGACGACGACGACAAACAGUUUCGGCCUCCUCGACAGAUCAUCAUCCAGUUCGGUGGAACCCCCGUGGCCCGAGAUGGUGCAAAUGUCUUCCAUCGAGAGGAAAGCGAACAGCGUCGACCUCCCUAUCUCCCUCCGCAUCAUUAAAAGAAAGCUACGGAUGGAGGAAGAAGGACUUAUCAUCAACCGAGUCGGAGAAUCGGCUUGCUGCUCCGUGAAACGAGCCUUCUCCUCUAUGGUGUUUAUGAUCCGCGAGCUGCAGAGCUUCACGCUGCACAUGAGAGAGCUUCUCCUCUUCGAAGAUCUCCAAGGGAUCCUCCUCCGCGUCAGAAAAGAGAUGCAUGCGUCGUUUGUGUGGCUGUUCCAGCAAGUUUUCUCCGCGACUCCUACUCUUAUGGUCUCUGUUAUGAUCCUUCUCGCAAACUUCACGGUUUAUUCUAUUGGAAGCAACUCCGCUUUAGCCGCAACGCCUCCAACCGCCACCGUCUCUUUCAGGUUUGACACUACGGAGAUAAGUGAGUCACAGGAGAAGUUCGACUCCGAUAUGAUCAAGACGUUCUCUGUUUCUUCUCCCAACGGGAAGACAUCUUUUGUCGGCGGAGGAAACGGUGGUAACAACUUGCCGCCGGUGCAGAGCGGAACAGAAGGAGAUGGUUCUGAUCAGUUCAGAACACCAUCUCAGUUCUCGUCGUCAUCUCUCGGCUCAACGACCGCGGAUUCAGAGGUAUCCGUGUCGGGGCAGGAAGAGACUAGGCUGUGGAACUCGAUCUUGGAAGAGACGGAGAAGAUGGAAGCUUUGGAUCACGACACGAUGAAGCAGAUGGUUGCUCCAGUGGAGGCACGAGUAGAAGCGGAAGAGUCAAUGGAUUACUUCAAGACGGAGCUUCUCUACCAGACGGGUCUGUCUCAGCAGCCUGAUAACGUUCUCCUUCUUGCUAAUUACGCCCAGUUUCUCUACCUAAUCAUACAUGAUUACGACAGAGCGGAGAAGUAUUUCAAGAGAGCGGCAAAAGCAGAGCCAGCUGACGCCGAGGCGUUGAGUAAAUACGCGACGUUCUUGUGGAAGGCGAGGAACGAUUUGUGGAGGGCAGAGGAGACGUUCUUGGAAGCAAUCUCUGCUGAUCCAACAAACUCAUUUUACUCUGCAAACUAUGCACAUUUCCUUUGGAACACGGGUGGUGAUGAGACGUGUUUCCCUCUCGACGCUCCACCACAACAGAACACAACCUAAAGAUAAAAGAGUGAUAACAAUUGUCCAAGUGUACAGUGUGUUUCUUUUUAGUACAAUUCAUGUCAUGUGGCAACUUUUUGUUCUGUAAAACAAACAAGACUUUUGUUUAUAUAUACGCACAUAUUUCAAAAGUUUUGUUUUUACUUUUUUAAAAAAAUGUACUUGGACUA